ACUUCUAACUUGGGUGAAGGUGAAAGAAAUCACAUCCUGAACCCACUGUUAACGCAUGCGCAGAAAGUUCACAUCCGGUGUCGUCCGCAUAUCCCACUACGCGGACUACGGGAGAGAAGAGCCAUGUUCCUGUCGAGGUUCUGUACGGUCGUCUCUUUACUUCUCAUAACACUUGCAGCAAAUCCAGGUACAUAUACCGUAGCUUCAGCUGAGUUGUUGGUUUAUUGACUACUUUGGGGUGGCUCUGUCUUGCAGCACUGCAGUGUAGUGUCAACAAUCUGCCAUCACCGUUCAGAGAUAGAAGAGAUGGUGAUCCACUUCUGACUUGGGUGAAGAUGCGUAUGUGAACGCAUGCGCAGAAAGUGCACAUCCGGUGUCGAUCCGACGGGCGCGGUUCACAUCUAUAAUCUGCCACUACGCGGACUACGGGUGAGAAGAGCCAUGUUCCUGUCCAGGUCCCGUACGGUCGUCUCUUUACUUCUCAUAACACUUGCAGCAAAUCCAGCGCUGCAGUGUAGUGUUGAAAACCUCGCACCGUUUGGUGAUAGUGGUGGACCACAGAGCAAAAGACCUGAUCGUGACAGGUUCCAGGCCAUAGUGCCUGCCUAUACUUUCCAGUGUUCUGGUAGAGUCACUGAAUGGGGGGCCUGUGUACAGCCUGGUGGUAUGAGCCGUGACCAGUACUACAUCCAGUUCCAGGUGUGGAGACCCAAUGGCAGUGGAUGUUACAGUCUAGUUGGAUUCAACAGACCAGUGGGUAGUGAUGGAGGGGAUGGAUUCCUCAGUCCACCAGACGACAAUAUGACCCACUCCGUCGCUGUGUGGUACUGUCAGUGACAGAAGAAGACCAGCAGAUAGAGGUCCAGUCUGGAGAUGUGGUGGGAUACUAUGUUGACUUUUUCAGAAAUGGUGAUGACGAAAAUAAUGGCGGUAUUCAGUGGCUUGAAAAUCACAAUAAUGUGGUAGUUCAUUACAAAGAUGAUCUACCAAGGGGAGACAUAAAGUCACACUAUGCUCUUGGUGGGACCCAAUCCUACUGAGUGUGGGUUUCCAAUAUCAGGUGACAGUAAUUCCUAUUCUCUCAGUGAUUCAACCUCUGCAGCUCCCAUCAUCAGCCUCAGUUUUGUCACUACACCACCAAUGCCCACAACCUCAGUCUCCCCCUCAAUGCCUGGUGAUAUAGUGCCUACACCUACACCAACACCAUCAGUUGUAGACCUCCCACCACCUCCCAUGACAACUCCAUCUACUCCACUAGGAGGAGAUGGAGACACUCCACCUCCCGCUGAACCUAGUCCUCCGUAUUCCUCUGCCUCUGACAUAACAAUGACGACAUUUCCCUCUCCACCAUCAGUCAGUAGAGAUGGAGAAGAAGAUUCACCUGGGCUGAUCAUAGCUGGUGUCGUAGUAGCUGUCCUCAUUUUAGCUAUUCCUGUCAAGCAGCCACAGAAUCUCGCAGCUCAGUAUUACGACUACUGUACUGACCCAGUGGCCAAUGUGCAGAAGAACCCAGAGAGGCAAGAGAGGGUAUAUGCCACUCUUCAAGCCCCACAUUAUGAAACAGCUCAGUCAGGAAAUGGUAGUCUCCCCAGUGAAUACCAAACCUACGACUACACUACCAUAUACGAGGAUCCUACCUCUCCAUCUUACGUGAGCGAAGUUUACUCGACGGGGAGUGUAUUUGACUCAGCUGGAACGUAUGUGCCAACACUGGAAGCAAGGAGCAGAUACGAACUGCCACAGUCCCUGUCAGAUGGCCACAGGUACAACACUCUGGAGUUCUUUGAGAGAGACCAGGUGUUCUGGGCCCCAGCCUCCACCACUCUGGGCCUCUACCAACAGUUAUGCACGAAACGCUAUCGGGAAAUUGACAGAAAUCAAAUACGUGUCCUGGAGGAAAUAGGGUCAGGGCAGUUUGGGAACGUGUCAAAGGGACUGUGGAUGUACAAGAAUGUGAGUAUGAAAGUGGCGGUAAAGUCCCUGAACAAGACGGCAGGAGAGGGAGAGAGAGUAAAGUUCCUGCAGGAGGCGGCCAUCAUGGGCCAGUUCUACCAUCCCAACAUUGUCCGACUCCACGGAGUUGUCACAGUCGGAGAUCCUGUGUUGAUAGUUUUGGACUUUAUGCCCAAUGGAGACAUGAAAAGUUAUCUGGACCACAUGGUUGUAGGAAAGAAAGAACAGGCUCAUCUCCCGAGGGAGUUCCUGCGAUUUUCUCGAGAGAUUGCAGCUGGGAUGGCCUACCUCUCUAAGAAGUCGUUUGUCCACAGGGACCUUGCAGCCAGAAACAUUCUCCUGGAUGACCGGAUGUUGUGCAAGGCAGGACAGCAAUAG